AUCGUCAUUUCCUAACUCAGAUAUUCUGAAUACAUUUUUUAUUUAUAUAAAUGUGACUCCCCCCUGCGUGAGUCAUCGCCCACUCAACACACACUAGAUCUAUCUUCAUCGUCGUUUCUGCGACUCCUAACCUCUCCUCCUCCUCGUGAUCAUCGUUUGAGAAAGAUGGCUAGAAAGUUCUUCGUCGGAGGCAACUGGAAAUGCAACGGAGCUGCUGAGGAGGUGAAGAAGAUUGUCAACACUCUUAACGAAGCUCAAGUUCCUUCACAAGACGUCGUUGAGGUUGUGGUUAGCCCUCCAUAUGUGUUUCUUCCUAUGGUUAAGAGCAUAUUGAGGCCUGACUUCUAUGUUGCGGCACAAAAUUGCUGGGUCAAGAAAGGAGGUGCCUUCACUGGUGAAGUCAGUGCUGAGAUGCUUGUGAACUUGGACAUCCCAUGGGUUAUCCUUGGUCACUCUGAGAGGAGGGCACUCCUCAAUGAAACAAACGAGUUUGUUGGAGACAAGGUUGCCUAUGCACUUGCUCAAGGUUUGAAAGUGAUUGCUUGUGUUGGUGAGACUCUUGAGCAGCGAGAGUCUGGAUCGACCAUGGAUGUUGUGGCUGCCCAGACUAAAGCUAUUGCUGACCGGGUGUCGAACUGGUCAGAUGUUGUCAUUGCAUAUGAACCAGUGUGGGCCAUUGGAACCGGAAAGGUCGCUAGCCCAGCCCAAGCUCAGGAAGUACAUGAUGAGCUAAGGAAGUGGCUUGCAAAGAACGUGAGCGCUGAUGUCGCUGCUACAACCCGCAUCAUCUAUGGAGGAUCUGUCAAUGGUGGUAACUGCAAGGAGCUAGGUGGUCAGGCCGAUGUUGAUGGUUUCUUGGUCGGUGGUGCUUCUCUAAAGCCUGAGUUUAUCGACAUCAUCAAGGCUGCUGAGGUGAAGAAAAGUGCUUAGUGACUUCACGAAACAAUCUCAAAUCCUUUUGCUUCUUCAGUCUCAACUCUGAUAGAAAAAAUGAAUAAGUCGAUACAGUGUUAUUAUGAUACGCUUUGCUUCAGUUGUAUGUUGUUUUGAGGAGGCAACAAACAUUUUCUUGGCCGAUUUAUUUAGCUCUGAACUCACAAAAUCUCUGCUUUUUCUCAUCUUCCCCAGUGAAGUUGUAUUUGGUCUAUUGUUGUUCUUGUAUUUCCUAUUCCAUUUUUGGAAAAAAAAGAACAGCUUUGUUUCGACA